AUGGAGGAGGAGGCGCUGGCCAAACUGCAGCGCGGCAAACGCCCAACACUCCCAACGGCAACUGCACGGGCGACUGUGAGGCCAACAAGAUCGCACACCGUCACCGAGGCCACACUCACUCGCCCCGAGACACUCCCACUGGCCAUGCCCACACCCCCGCCCACUCUCCUGGACAAAGACCUGAUCGUUUUCCCUGAGUCCAAACCUCAAACCACGGACGUGUUUCGUGACAUCGACGUGAACAAACUGAGCGACGCAGAGCUGGAGAGACUCCUGUUGGACCCAAGUCCGAGUCCCGACCCGAGCCAGGACCCGAGCCCUGACCCAAGCCUCAUCCGAUCCUGCCCCAAACCAGCGCUGCUCGGCUUCAACCUGAGCGCCUCGUACCCCGGUGGUCUCCAUGGAAACGCCUUCAACAGCCCGUGGACUCCUCUGUACCCGGCCUUCCCCGCGGCACAGAAGGCCUUCCCACAAGCCUUCACGCCGCAGCCCUUCAUGCCUGUGGUGUUCCCGUCCACGGUCGACCCGGAGACGGCCAAACUUUUGAAUAAGAUCGCCAGCACCCGAGAAUAUCUGAAGAACGGGAGGUCGAGUGGAGAGCCGGAGGCCACGGGAUCUCUGCAGCCGAAAGCAUUCAGUCCUCCUGAAACUUCAACGGACUCCUCCCCCUCGGGUAGAUGUGACUGGUUGGACUUGGACCCUCUUUCGAAGGGGAAGCCUGAGCCCGAGCCUGAGCCUCAGCCUGUGGUGUGUGAGAGCGACCCGUGGGAGGCCGUGCUCAAGACCGAGGGUGACGCUGCCAGCCGUAUCCGUGGCGACAAGGAGGGACGAGGCUUAGCUGCGAGGCGAGCGGCGGGCGCAGCUGUCACACGCAGCCACUCGCUUGGUGCACGCCGAACAUCACAGAGUGGCAAGAGACUGGAGGGGACGAAGAGAGCUCUGGAUGAUGACGAUGCUCAGAACAUGGAGCUUCUGGACUUCUGUCGCCACAUCACACAACUCAGGAGGAGGUUCCCGCACUCGGACUCCAGCACAAACCCCGGUCUGGUCCUCAGUCCGGUCAUCCCUCAGAACCACAACCUCAGCGAAUCCUGCUCCGUCAAAGUCUGCAUCGAGACCAGAGGAGGAGCGGAGCCGGUCACCUUUACCUGUGAUGUGUCCUCCCCUGUGGAGCUACUGGUGUCUCAGACUCUAUGCUGGGUCCAUGAUGAUCUGGACCAGGUGGACUUCUCCCAGUACCUGUUGAAGGUGUGUGGCCAGCAGGAGGUGCUACAGAGUAAGCACAGCUUGGGGAGUCACGUCUACAUCCAGAACUGCAGGAAGUGGGAGAGCGACAUCAGUCUGCAGCUGCUGCGAGUGGACGGCCUGCAGAGGGAGCUGUCCCGCACGGCCGAAGACGAUGCUGCGCACAUUGACUUGGAGAAACACUUGAUGCAGGUGGAACGCCCAUAUAAGGAGAAUGUGACCAGACAGGGGCUGGCAGAUUACCUGGAGGGAUAUCACAGUCAGCUCGCCCUCUGUCUGCAGGACCAGAACUCUCAGUACCAGUCUGUGGGCCGCCUGGUGCAGACUGUGAAGAACCUGCUCUGUGCUCUGGACGAAGUUGAGACCUCUGCUGUGACUGAAGCUGUGAAGAGACUGCAGCAUUCAGUCAACCUGCCUCGGACCAAGGUGGUCUCUCCUGACACCUCCUCAGAGGACCGCUCUCUGGUGGAGGAGGGCCUGACCACUCUCACUCAGGCUGUCUAUGACCUCAUCAAACUUUACCUGCGCUCCUUCUGCUGCCCCUCCCCCUCCCGCCUGCGUUGCACUGCUGCAGAUGGACCAGAGGGGGAGCUUUCCUGCACUGCUGAGGGACCCAAUGGCGACCAGAAGGGGGAGCUAUCAUGUGUGUGUGAGGACACUCUUGACCACUCGGGGGUGCCGUACAGAGAGGCAUCAGGAGUCUCGGAUCAUCUACAGUUCACUCUGUCCAUUCUGCACGGGCUCCCUCACAGCUGGGUCAGCAGUUAUGAAAAGUAUUUUGUUAUGUGUUCUUUGAGCCAUAACGGAAGAAACCUGCUGAAACCGGUUCAGUCCAGACGAGUUGGGACGUACAAGAACUUUUUCUACCACGUCAGAUGGGACGAACUGGUCCAGUUCCCGAUGGCUGUGGCAGUGCUCCCCCUGGAGGCCAUCCUCAGUAUUUCUCUGAUGGGAGUGCUGACUCAGAACUCGUCUGGGUCUCCAGACUCAAACCGCCCCCGGAGUCCUCCUGAGGCCCUGGGGAAGGUGUCCCUGCCACUGUUCGACUACACAGGGAGGCUUGUGAGUGGCCCUCGGCUCCUGGGUCUGUGGACCUCAUCCCAGGGGCCAGGGGCCAAAGGACGGGCCCCUAAUGAACGGAUCGUCCUGCAGCUGGACUUCUCCACCUCCUCCGUGCGCUACGUCAGCCCCACACAUUCAGCCUCCAUCGACCUGGAGUCGGUGGACCCCCCCGAACCGGAGCUGACUCGUAAAUUGGAGCGAUUCUGCAGCCGAGCGUCCAGUGCCGGACUGAAGCGCUCUGAGCUUCAGCUGAUUUGGGACCACCGCCUCCAGGUGAUGAAGCUCCGCCCCCUUGCUGUGGCUAAAGUGCUUAGCUCCGCCCCCUGCUGGGAUUGGGCCAGUGUGGGACAAGUGUACAGUGUUCUGAAGAGCUGCUCAAGUCUGCCCCCGGAGGCAGCGCUGGAACUGCUCCACUACAGAUUCUCGGACUCUGAGGUACGGACUGUGGCUGUGUCCUGGAUCCAACAGAGCAGCGAUGAUGAGCUGUCGGACUACCUCCCCCAACUAGUGCAGGCGCUGAAGUUUGAGUGUCGCCUGAAGAACGCUCUGGUCCUGAUGCUGCUGAAGAGAGCUCUGGGACACGUUGGCAUCGCACACUACCUCUACUGGCUGCUGAAGGAUGCAGUUCAGGACGUCGCCUGUGGGGGGCGAUGUGAGCGAGUCCUUGGAGCACUCCUGUGUCUGUGUGGAGCCAAAUUGAGGGCGGAGCUUGAGACACAGACUCGACUCGUAACUCUGCUGGGAGCUGUGGCCGAGAGGGUGAAGGCUGCUGCGGGCUCCCAGAGACAGGUGGCGCUGCAGGAGGGGCUGGAGAACGUUCAGAACCUGUUUGAGAGGAGCAGCUGCAGACUUCCUCUGAGCCCAAGUCUGGAGGCCAAAGGACUCAACAUCAAGGCCUGUUCAUUCUUCAACUCCAACGCUGUCCCUCUGAAGCUCGCUCUGGUGAAUGCCGACCCGCUCGGGCAGGAGAUCAACGUUAUGUUUAAGGUGGGGGAGGACUUACGGCAAGACAUGCUCGCUCUGCAGAUGAUCCGGAUCAUGGACCGAAUCUGGCUCCAAGAAGGUCUGGACCUCAGGAUGGUCCACUUCAAAUGCAUCUCCACCGGGAAAGACAAAGGCAUGGUGGAGCUGGUCCCGAGCUCGGAGACCUUAAGGAGGAUUCAGGUAGAGUAUGGAGUCACCGGGUCGUUUAAGGACAAACCUCUGGCCGAGUGGCUCCGGAAGUUUAACCCUGCAGAGGACGAGUAUGACAAGGCCUCAGAGAACUUUACGUACUCCUGUGCUGGCUGCUGUGUGGCCACAUAUGUGCUGGGGAUCUGUGACCGCCACAACGACAACAUCAUGCUGCGCUCCUCAGGUCACAUGUUCCACAUCGACUUUGGCAAGUUCCUUGGGCACGCUCAAAUGUUCGGGAGCUUCAAGAGAGACCGCGCCCCCUUCGUCCUCACCUCGGACAUGGCGUACGUCAUAAACGGAGGGGAGAAACCUACGAGUCGCUUCCAGCUGUUUGUGGAUCUUUGCUGCCAGGCCUUCAACCUGCUCAGGGCCAACUCAGGGGUCUUCAUGAACCUGCUGUCCCUGAUGACCUGCUCUGGUCUGCCUGAGCUGACUGGAGUCCAGGACCUGAAGUACGUGUGUGACGCUCUACAACCAAACAACAGUGAUGCAGAGGCCACCAUCUUCUUUACCAGAUUGAUCGAGUCCAGCCUGGGCAGUGUUGCCACUAAGUUUAACUUCUUCAUCCAUAACUUGGCUCAGCUGAGGUUCUCUGGGCUCCCAGCCAACGAUGAGCCCAUCCUGUCCUUCUCCCCCAAGACCUACAGCCUGAGGCAGGACGGGCACAUCAACCAGGCCGCCAUAUUCUCCUUCCAGAAGAGAUACAGCCCCGACAAGCACUAUACGUACGUGGUGCGGGUCAUCAGGGAAGGGCAGCCCGAACCUCAGUUCAUUUUCCGAACGUUUGACGAGUUUCAGGAGCUGCACACAAAACUCAGCAUCCUGUUUCCUUUGUGGAAACUGCCCAGUUUUCCAAAUAAAAUGGUUCUGGGCAGGACUCAUGUUAAAGACGUUGCAACGAAACGGAAAUUAGAGUUGAACAACUACGUCCACAACCUGCUGAGGAGCGCUGAGGUCUCCAAGUGUGACCUGGUCUACACCUUCUUCCACCCCAUCGCUCGAGACGACAAGACGGGAGAGUCUGCGCUCAAGAUACCAGAGCCUCCCCCCUCUCCCGUCUCUGGUCGAGUUGAAGGAGAAGUGAAGCUGUCGGUAUCGUUUAGGAACAACACACUGUUCAUCAUGAUCAUGCACAUCAGAGACCUGGUGUCUGAGGAGGGCUCCGACCCAAACCCCUACGUUAAGACUUACCUCCUGCCGGAUCCCAACAAGACCAGCAAACGCAAGACUAAGACCUGCCGCAAGACACGCAACCCAACCUUCAACGAGAUGCUGGUGUACUCUGGUCACCGUGACGACAGCCUCGCUCUCAGAGACGUCCAACUGAGCGUGCUUAGUGCGGAGUCUCUAAGGGAGAACUACUUUCUGGGCGGAGUUACACUUCACCUGCGAGACUUUGACCUGAGACAAGAGACGGUCAAGUGGUACAAGCUCACAGAGACCCCACUGUUCUAG